AUUACAAUAGUUGACAUUUCACAAACCGGAAAGGUUGUUUAAAGUGUGCUUGUGUACUAAUUAAAAAUGUUAUUUUUUGACUACGCAAUAAUUAAUCUUAAAACUAUGGCUGAGUCAACUCUCUGUUUAAAGUCAAGUGCCUCCCAGAGGGUCUCUUGAGAGUUAGUUUUAGUACUAAUUUAUUAUUUCUCUGUACAUAUAUCAAAAAUAUAUUUCUUAUUAUAAUUCGCUUAAUGCCAUAUCACAGUUGUGUUAUCAGUUUUGCUCAAGAUAAUACACACUGAGACAGUAUACUAGCUUACUCAAUAUUAGUUUUAUUUUUGUCUUUUUCAAUAGAGCAGUGUUUGCUACCUAAAUAAAUUGUGUGUUGCAAAAGUAUUUUUUUUUAAAAUGGCGUCAAGUGAUCCAGAAAUUCGUGAUGGUUUUACCCUGCCUGUAUGGAUGAAAUCAAAACCAACCAAAGACUUCGCCCCAUUCUCCACAUCUCCGCCAGCGCCUGAAGAUCCGUUCUUCUAUAUUCGUUAUCCGAAAACUGACGUCUUGUUCGGGAAUGCCAAAACCGCCAAUGAAGUUCCGAAUCCGGUUCAGCAAAACAAGGAGCUGGGAGCAGCAUUCCCUGGAUACAAGGAGAAGGACUGGUCGAAACACACCAAGCCAUGCCAAGAUGUUCUGCAUAGUAUCGCCCCCAUCAAUACUGCUGCAAAUCCAAUGAAUUUGAAGCCAAAACCGGCAGGAACUGACGACGGCUUCAAGGGCGAAGGCGCGGCAUGCGGCAACUCUGUUGUUAAGGUGGCCAGUGAGAUGGUGUCAGGUCGGUCGCGCGGGUUCACCGUCGCGUCUCCAGCGGAGGACCACGAGGUGCCUGGCCAGAGGUACCUCGCUUCUCGCCGCGGCAGUAAGAGUCUCCCCACCACACCAAUCCACUCGCCCCCCUCCAGCCCUUCCGGACGCAGGAAGCAUUACAAUCGUUACUUCACAUCGCCGUUCGAACCCGUUGAUGACACAAACAAUCGCUCCUGGCUGACGAUGGCUUUGCUUGGUUUCAAGAAGGACCUUACCACCUCCACCUCGACGCUUGCAGAAGAGGAGUACGUGGAAAAUAGACUGCAGAGUGGCAGUCUUGCCGAAUCAGUCGAAAAUCUUGGACCGGCACCCAGACCAAACACCAAUUUGGUUGUGAAUGAAAUGCAAACACAAAAACCGAAACCACCCAAACCAGUGAGGGCAAAACCCUCAGAGUUGAGAGAAAUGAACUUUUGGUCACCAACAUCCAUGUAGAGGUAUUGAUUAGUGCGAGUGAGACAACAUGACAUCCUGACUAAUUGAGGUUUGCUAAACACCUGGUUGAUAUUAAUUUAAAGUCAUAUUAAAUAUAGUAUUGGUUCGACACUAACUUGUGUUCUGCUGUUGGUAUAAAAACAUGACAAAAGCGUACUGUAAAUGUAAAGAAUACACAAAGAAUUUAGGGUUGGGAUCAAUAAUAUUGUUUGUAUUUUAUGCGUUAAAAGCUAGGCUUAUUGUAUAGUUGUGGCAUUUUAUAAAACAGUAUUCUACUUCUUAAAUUUAUUAUAACAUCUUUAUUGCAUAAGCCAUUUUCACCAUCAGCUUAAUAACUAAUAAUGGACAGAUAAAAAAUGGACUGAACGCCUGAACGUUGACAUUAUGCUUACAUAAAUUAGACAUACAGAUAGCGCGCGAGUUAAAUGCAGAGUUCAGGAAUGCGAUAGUGCUGUGACCUAAUUAUAAUUGAUGACGAUAAUCAUGAGUGUUUCGAUAAAUUUAAACAAUGCUUUUGAGUUUACCAUGAUA